AACAAGUAUUACUAACUUUCUGUUUUGUUUUUUCCAGAAAGUUUAAUUGUUUAUUACAGCAAUACAGAAUAAUAACAGAUAUAUCAAUGCUCAUUUUUAAUAAUUUUUUAAUUAUCCCAUGUUCUUUGAUAUAUCAGUGUCAGUUGCUGGAGCUCAUUUUUAGAAUUUUUACCCAUUAAAUAAUAGUCUUUGAAAUGCUGGAUUGCCAUUACUUUGAAUUCUUUUUUUGGACUAGUUCAUAGGAGAUUAUCUUGACUUAUGCAGAUAAUUUGCACGAAUGAAGUGAUUUACUAAUUACUAAUAAAGAUAAGUCUAUUUAAAAUUUCUAGUCGACAAGGAUAUACACUUAGUCGACCGCUGCGGAGACAGCUUGCACAAUACUGUUAGUACUUCGAUUCAAUCAAAUACUAAUCUCAACAAACAGUAAUUGCUUAUGAUAUAAUAUGAAACCAGUAAGGUAAAUGACAUCAGGAAUUUUAUACUGGUUCGGAACCAAUUUGGUAUCCUACUCCAGUCUCCUUGGGUUGCAAGGAUGUUAUCUCUUGAUCUCUUUGUAAUAUGAGUUGUGUACAGCUUGUGUGAUUUUCAACGUUCACCACCAACGUUUACAAGGUUGGUUUUCACUCACCAACAACGACCAAGGGUUGGUUUUAACACGCUCACCAACAACUCAAAAGGUUGGUUUUUACUCACUCACCAACAACGAUUCUUUGGCUUUCACUCGCUCACCAAAGUACUGAAUAAUGACACAACCUCUAAGGACACACUACCUCUCCAAUAUUUUUCAGUCUCUCUUCACUCUUUUGUGUACACAGUAAAUCUACUAAAAGUAAAUUUCAAUGCUUGUUAAGAGUAGAAUAAAGAGCUUGUAGUUGGAUAGACAAUUGUAUAGAAGGCUGCAUAUUUAAUCCUUGAUUUUGCCAAUCUUCUUAUAGUAGAGUUUUGAGAGCUGUUGUAGAUUGAUCUUUUUGAUUGAGGCCCACAAUAUUCUAAUGAUAUUUGACCCAAGAGGUGCCUCUGAAUCCUUCAUGAGAGAUGAGUUGGAUUCAUUUAAGUGCUUGCUUUCCAUACCCGAAAUCCAGGGAGUGAUUUGUGGUUAUUGCACUUGAUUUGUUUCCCUUUCUUUUUUGAUGGCUUUAAGGGAAAAAGGACAACACUCAAAUUGUCUUCCUAGAAAAGAUUGGACUAUUCCCUACCGAGACAACAUAAACUCUUCAACGCAUCCUCCUUUUUUCAACUAGUAGAUCAUGUAAAGGAUUACUUUUGCAUCGGCUCUCUCUCGUUAGGUAAUUACCGAGACGAAAGCAGCUCUCUCGGAAGUCAGUUUCCCUGCACCUCAUUAAGAUCAUAUUGGCAUACUCUCCCAAAAAAGAAAGUUCCUCUUUGCUUAGCUUGGUCUAUUCUGGCUAAGCAUUCACGGUGCCAUCCUCGUCUCUAGCUCACUCCACCUUAUUUGCUGGAGGGAGGAUACGAUUGUCGAAGCUGAAGUCAUUCAAUUCAUAUAAUUUCGCCGACUACCUAGGUUCCUAAACUUUGAAUGGAUGGCAGAGCGUAGGUGGCAACUAUUAUGUUGUGUUUCCCUUCCAUUUUGAAUCUCCUGAUUUACUGCAAUCAUGUCUAUUAUAUCGUUUCACUUUGUUUUGGAUCUCCUGAAUUACUUUUCCAACGGUUCAUUCUUUGCUUCUGACAGCUUACACCUUUUAAAUCUAAUGGAGAUUAGAUUUGACCAAAAAGAUAUUUCCAUAAAGAAGCUUUUCACAUGGGCUUUUAAAUACUACAAGGAAUUGCUUUUGGAUCUUUUUCUCCAUGUGCUAUUCAAGAACCCAUGAUUGACUUUCCAUAAUUCUUGUUUAUCAAAGAUCACUCUUCAAUCAUCUUUUCUUGUAGUUUUUCAACGUGAUUUUCUUUCCUUCUUCACUAGAUCAAUUUAUUUGCUUCUUAAAAUAUUCCAUGUUAUCUCCUUCUAAUAAAAUAUUUCUUCCUUUGUGAAAGACUUUUCCUUCUAUUGUAUCUCAAAACUUUAGUGCUCUAUUUGAUUGUGAUAGUAAAAUAAUACUAGUGACCCACGUCACAUCCGUUUGCCCAUUUGAAUCUUUUCUCAAUUCAUCCUUCCUUUAUGCUUUCCAGAUUCCAUCUUGGUUGAUGUGCCCAUUCAGUCUUGCUAGAUUAGGGGUAGAAUUCUCCUCCUCAUCUUCAUUCUUUUUACUUCUAUGAUGAUUUCAUAAAAGCUUCUUUUCCAUAUUUGUCCGGGUCUUCAUCAAAAUAAUCCUUCUUUGUAAAUGUCUUCAUUCCUGUUUUGUCCAAGUCCUUACACAACUGACAAACCUGCAUAAAAUAAAUUUACCAUAAGUAAAUGUUCUUUGAUUAAGAUAUGUUGGUUUGAUAUCGUAUGUGAAACCUUGGGGCUAACAGGACAGACACUACCAAAUAUGUGUUGUCUGUUUAUAGGGAUGCACUUGAUUCAAUGACAGAGGAUCAGUUUAUUUGGGAGCCAUAUUGUGAUGACUUAAUUGGGAGCCUCCCUGAUUUUUGUCGCCUUGGGCGAGACUUAUGGCGUGCUAGAGUCACUAUUUUUUGUUGGGACGGGGUUGAGGUUCACUUGCCUGAUCGAGUUGUGAGGCAGUUUGGGUUUAUGCAGCGGAUACCGGAUCAUUUCCAGUUUGAUGUUUUACACUUUCACCACGAUCGUAGAGGAAGGAAGAAUAAGCAUUGGGAUCAGGAACAUGCACAAUGGUUACCUUUUUGGAACCAACGACACCAAUAUGUUUAUAAUGCACCAGUCAGUCAGGGACCACUCCAAUUCGAUGACAUCUACCUUAUUUGGUUCAGACGCAUUACCCAUCUUCUUAUUGGAAAUCCAACUCAUCGUCCGCAGCGGCAUCAAGGUUAUGUGCCUAACUCGACAGCAUAUGAAGCAAUGGUGCAGCAUAUUCAUUUAAUGGUUGAUAGCGCAAAAUCCCUGGGUGAUCAGCCAACAUAUGAGGAUUUAUACAUGUUUCGGGCAAUGGUACGGGAUCAAGGGUAUAGUUGCUUGGCAUAUGUGCAUGAGGCUGAUAGAAUUCAGAUACCAGUAGAUUAUAGAAGGGAUACGAUACAGACAGAACAUUUACACCACCCUGUUCAUAGGCGAGGAAAAGGUGGUGUUGCUUGUAGGAGGGUCCGGGCUGUUGAGAGGGGACGAGAGCCUGCUGCAAGGAUGGAAGCGGCAGGAAACAUUAGAUGAUCAUGAAGCCUAUGUUGAUCCGACAACCUCUAAUGAUCAGGCAGCACCUGAUUAUGAUAUUGGAUCCACUUCAGGGAUGCACAAUCAGGAUGACAGUCAGGCAUCAAGUAUGACAUAUCAGAACAUAGACACUCAGAUUGUGCCAUACAUGACGCCACAGACUCCUCAAUAUUCUGCGAAUCCGCAUUUUUCAUCAGUUGCGGAUGUCUAUGCUAAUUUUCGGGCUGAACAAUUUGAGCAUGCUCCACAAUUUAAUUCGUCGCCUGUGCCACUAUCUAUUGAGCUUCCUGGUGUUGUUGGUGAGGGUGGUAUAGAUGAUAUUAGUUUGGAAGAUGCUAGCGACGAUAUAGAACGUAACGAUUUAGAUGAUGCCAACGACUAUGUAGAUGGUAACAAUUUGGAUGAUGCGAACGAUGAUGGAGAUACAAGCCAUGCGUCUGUGACUAUUUGGCCUGCUGGACUAUUGCAGAGGCCGAGGCGUAAUAUUAAGCAUACACGUUGUAGGACUGGGAGUCACUAUAUUUACAAGCACUGACGUAGGAAUGGACCAUUGAUCGCUCCAAUUAUCAUUUCAGGGCAUCAGUUUAGUAUGGGCAGCCUAUAUCAAGCUGCUGCAGAAGAAUACCUACAUGCCUACAAGCUUCUUCCUGAUAGUCCAUUUGUUAAUCAAGCUGAUACAAGGCAUAUCAUUUUUGUUCAAGUAUCUAAAACUUUGUGGAGAAACUUAUAGACACAUCUUGUGCCUUAUUAUAGGUGUACUCUAUUUUGUGUAUAGCAACUGAACAAGUGAAGAGCUAGAUUAUAUUCUGUAAUUUAUUUUGCGUAGAGCACAUGAACAUAAAAUUGUGUUCUGCACUCCAUUAGGCAUUAGCUAUAACAAGUUCAGUUUUUUCCCACUUUAA